AGUUCAGUUCGGUCAGUUGGCAAAGCUGUUUCGCGCCUUCAACUCACGAGUUGCGCACAACUUGUUUACUUCGCAGUGCGCAUGCGUGCCUAGUUCCAGUGUGAAUAGUGUCGUGCAACUAACAGGGAUUUAAAACUAGCGGCAUAUAUCAAUAGCAGUGAUGGAUCGCAAAUGGUCGUCGAGCUGGACCGACUGGAAGUACCCCGCAUGGAUGGACGGCGGCGAGGUGAGGACGGGUAGGUGGUGGAUCGCCAAGAAGGGAGAGGACGACGGCGCCGAGGGGCUCUGGAGGGUGCAUGACAAGCUGUACGACCUCACUAGCUGGGUCAACAAGCACCCCGGCGGCAAGCAGUGGAUAACACUUACCAAGGGUCUGGACAUAACGGAAGCGUACGAGUCGUCACACCUGAACCAGGACGUUGAUUUGAUUCUCCAAAAGUUCUACGUUAGAGAUGCCAAAACACCCAGAAACUCGCCUUACACAAUGGAACCUGGCGGCUUUUUUAGGACCCUCAAAUCCAGGGUUUAUGAGGAAAUGAAAACUAUGGAGACUGGGACAAAAAUGCGGUCGUACAUUCUGAUCGAUUCACUAGUAGUGAUGACGUUUGUGAUGGCAAUAACAGCAGUCAAAUUCCACAACUACACGGCCGGUUUCAUUUCAGCCGCCUGUCUGACAGGGGCCUCCAUAGCCGCGCACAACUUUUUCCACCAAAAAGAUAAUUGGAGAAUGUACUAUUUUCAACUAUCACUCAUGUCUGUAACGGAUUGGAGAAUAACCCAUAGUCUAAGUCACCACAUCUACACCAACACCUACCACGAUCUCGAGCUUAUGAUGAUGGAGCCGUUCCUGCAAUGGCUGCCAAAAGAGAACAAAAACUGGUUGGCCAAGAACUUUGCCUGGCUGUACACUCCUGUCGUAUACCUCAGUGUUUACCACGGACAGGCUCUCAUCAGAAUAUUGCGGCAUGGAGUCGAAUGGCAAGACGCUAUAGGACUGGCGACGCCAACUAUUAUGUAUCUAUUCAGUGGUGCCAGCCUACUGCAGUGUGUGGGCAUGUGGUCGUUUAUAAUGCUGUUCAGCAGUGUUAUGUUUGCAACUCUGGGCUUCAAUGCAGCUCACCAUCAUCCAGACAUUUUCCACGAGGGUGACAAGCCAAGGAAAGACACAGACUGGGGCCUGAACCAACUGGACGCAGUGGGCGAGAGAGUGGAAGUGAAGAAGACAUUCCCGUGGUCGCAUCUGUCCUUCGGUGACCACGCCCUGCACCACAUUUUCCCCACCAUUGACCACGACGACUUGGCUCAGCUCUACCCGGUGUUCGAGCGCACCUGCCAAGAGUUCAACGUCAAGCUCAGUCACAUGACAACAUGGGAACUCAUACUCGGGCAGUUCAAACAACUUAUGAGAACCAAGGGAAAUACAACGUCGCCUGAGGAACGGUCAGCGAUCACACGAUCAUAACAUUGUUUUCAGCAACUGAAUUGAAAUUUCUCAGUAACAAGAGUUUCUAAGUAAUAUAGAUAGUGACUCAAAAGUCACCAUUCAUCAUUAGUGAUAACGGACCCUACACAGUCGAUAUUAAUGUAUACUAUACAGAGUAUCCCACGAAUGGUGUAGCAGCUGAAGACUAAAGAUUCCACAUGAAAUUUGCAACAGAAAAUGUCCAGUAAAUGAUGUUCUUCUAUCAACUUUAGUUUACGAGAUAUAUUGAUCUUUCGAUAUUUUUGAAAAACGUCAAUAACUAAAAAACUAUCAGUCAAAAUCUAUUUCUAAAGGUAUGGCUGGAAAAUGGAAGAAAUUUCAAAUAAGAUUCAUAUAAUUUGUUCCUUUAUAAAUGAAAAUUAGAAAUCUAACACCAUUUUAAAAUUGUUCAAUCACAAGAAAAAUUCAACAAAUUUAGAAUUGUUCAAAAGGUUACUUAGAUUUCUAAUUUUUAUUUAUUUUUAAGAGUAGCCCUAAAGAAACAAAGACAAUUUGUUCCUUUGUUUGACGUUUUUGAACUUUUCAUGAGCGAUCAAAUUUGAAAGAAGCGACGAAUAAAAAAUUUGUUCAAAUUAGUUCAAAAAAUUGAACUAUUUUCAAACUCAUAAAAAGUUUAUGAACGUCAAAGGAACAAAUUAUAUGAAUCUUGUUGGAAAUUUCUUCCUCUUUCUAAACAUAUCCUUAGAAUUGGUUUUUGAGUGAUAGUUAUUUAGUUAUCGACGUUUUUCAAAAAUAUCGAGAAAUCGAUAUACAGUAUCUCGAAAACUAGGGUCGAUAUAAGAAAAUUAUAGUGGUCAUUUUUUGUUGCAAUUUCAUGUUGAAUCCAUGGUCUUCGGUUGUUACACCUUUCAUGGGACACUCUGUAUAGUACUCACUUUUUACAUCAGGUAACAGUUUUUGACAAUUUUAUUAUCUAGUUGUGUGGCCAGAUGUUAUAAGUAGGUACUGAUAGGGUGAAUAAUAUUGAAUGUCUAGGAACCGCUUAAAUCGUAAUGUUACAUCACACCAUGAGAAGUGAAUUUUUGGCCACUCUCUAUAAUAUUAUUAAGGGGAGCUGAUGCCACUUCGCUCCUUCGAAUAGUCUAUUUCUUCCGAAAAAAGGCUGAUAAUGAUGAGGAAUGAAGCAGAUGAAUGAUUGCCGAUUAGAGUUGAAAGAGGAGAAUAAUGUUUCUCAAUUAUUACGAUUAUUAUAGGCUACUACUCGUUACCGAAGGAAUGAUUUGUUUUUAAUAUUUGACUCAGAUUUGCUCAAUAUUUUAGACUAUGCUCCUAGUUUAGAAAAUGUAGGACUAAAAAUCUCGCAAUAAAGAGUAAUAUAGAAUGAAUAGAAGGGUAGCUCAUUACACCCAACCAAGAGUUGAAAUAAAUGUAUCAUAGAAGAUUUUAGAGAAAAUUCUAAAUCAUUAUAAUCACACAAGGAUGAUUAUCGUAUUCUGAGAUAAAUUCAACGAUUAUUGUAAUUUACAAAGAUUAGCUCAAAGCAAACUUAUUAAAAUCUCUAGUUUAAAACUAGUUGACUCCAAUUAGAAUAGAUUUUAGUUUUAUCAUUGUACCGAUUUAGACUGAGUAAAAUUGACUGUAAUAAAGACAUUAUUGUUUUGUAACUAGGGAAACAAAUUUUAUAGUUAAGAGGUAGAACAAAUUUUAUAACGUUUUAGUGUAUUAUAAUGUAUUUGAAGAAAUAUUCUCGUUAAAAAUGUAUGAAAUUGUGUUAUUAUACAAACAGUUAGUGGAGUGAGGGUUGGGAGGCAACAGAAUUUGAAGACUGUAGGAUAUAGUAGGCCAACAAGUUGAAAAGAGAUUACAAUAUAUUUUUAGAGUGAACCUAUUUGAGUUGUAUUAGAGUUUAUGAAUUUGUAAUAGUAUGUGAUAUCUGUGUGUAUUAAAUAAAUUUGUAUAAUCGA